GGUGAAAGGCCCUAGAUCAGCCCCUACCUCCGAUCGAGUCUCAGCAUGCCUACUAAGCGUCGUAAUAACGGACGUUCCAAGCACGGACGCGGCCAUACCUGCAUCUCGAGGUGCUCCAACUGCGCCAGGGCCGUCCCUAAGGAUAAGGCCAUCAAGCGUUUCAAUGUGAGGAACAUCGUCGAUGCCUCUUCCCAGAGGGAUAUCCGUGAGGCUUCUGUCUACCAGUCUUACGCUCUCCCUAAGCUCUUCAUCAAGCAGGUGUACUGCGUUUCCUGCGCCAUUCACGCUCGUGUCGUUCGUGUGCGUUCCGCCGAGAACCGUCGUGUCCGUGAGGCCCCUCCUCGUCGCGGUGCUCCCCAGAGGAACUAAGCUUGUGUCGUUGGUGAUGAUGAUGACGACCACUUGUUGCAGUAUGUUGGUUACUACCAAUACGUGUACUGAUUGGAAACGCUGCUGAGUAGUCGGCCGCUGAGGCUACGGGAC